AUGUUGAGUACCAAUUGGAUUAAGAUUAAAUUAUCUGAUCAAGUGGAAAUUCGACGAAAGAUCGAAGAAGCUUCUUCGUCUGUUCAAUAUCUUAUUGAAGAAAUUAUUGAACAAUUGAGAGAAAUUUCGAAGUUUAUUAUGACUGUGAUCACCAUAUUUUACAUAUGUCCUAUUGCAACUGUACUAAUUGGCAUUGUAUAUUUCUAUUUCUAUCGACUCUAUUUGAACAAGAAGAGUAAUGAGUUACUUGAAGUUAAAUUGAAAAUGAUUGAAAAACAUGAUAAAUUAUAUUCAAAAUAUUCACGUGCAAAUGCAAACAUGUUUGAAUAUGUCAUUCAUCAUGAAAAAGACAAAAUUAUUAAUAUUACAAAUGAAUUAAAAGUUGAUAUGGAAAAACAAUGGUUUUUACUUGAUUAUCUUUACGAUAAAUUAUCAUUUCAAGAAGAUAUACUUGGAAAGUUAUGUACAUUUAUAAAUAUUGUCAUCUAUUACCUAUUGAAUGGAACUACUACAUUCAUCAUUCCAUUAUAUCAUUACUUAUCGACUUUGACUGAUUCAAUUCAUACGAUGCUAGUGUCUUAUAUACGUUGGUUAAGAUUGAUAAAAGACUAUGAUCUCAUUAAACCCAUACUCGAAGAGUAUGAUGAACGAAUCAAUGCCGAACAAAUAGAUUUAAGUUCUGAAUUACAAAUUCGAGAUCUUUCAUUUCAGUAUGAAGGCAAACGAGAAACAUUUCAUUUGCAACUUCAUGGUUCAUUAACAUUCAAAAUGGGAGAAGCUAUAUUAAUUACGGGAAAGAGUGGAGCAGGUAAAUCAACUUUCUAUGAUAUUUUAAAUGGUUCAAUAUCUGCAAAAGAUUAUACAGCUGAAAUAAAAAUUGACAAUAGACAAGAAUCAAUGACUCUUCAUUCAAUUGAAAAAUGUCGAACCAUGGUUUUACAAGAUAGUCAUAUGGAUUACCGAUCGACUAUUUAUAGUAUGAUCACAGAUAUUGAUGAAGAUAAUGUAAAAGAAAAGAGAACGCAAGAACUUGAUUCACUUGUAUGGGAAUUUCUUCGUCUCGUUGAAAUUGAUGAUUUCGUUCGAAACGAACUCGAUAGUAAUCUUGAUGAAGAAAUGGAAAAUAAACUAAGCGGUGGACAAAAAACACGAUUAUUACUGGCACGAGCAUUGUAUCGUGCUUAUCAACGUCAUGCUUCUCUACUUAUUCUUGAUGAACCUGAUCAAGGUUUGCCUGCUGAAACAACCGUGAGUAUUAUUGAUAAUAUUAUGAAAUGGUAUCGAUCAAAAGGUAUUCUUAUUCUCACAUUACAUACUGAACGGGCACAAUUACUCAAUUUUGAUCAAAUCCUACAUGUUGAGCAAGGUAUUAUAACAAAGAUCAAAUAG